AUGACUGCAUUUAAUCAUUUGAUGCCUGGGCGAGAACAUCGUGAAGCUCUACGUAAUGCAAUUCAGUAUAAAAUGUAUGAAGAUAUUGAUCACAUAUUGUUGGAGAUAGAAAAAGUUUGCCAGUGUUCUACAGUAAAAGUUAUUACUGACAAAAAAUCUACAAUUGACCAAGAUGAACUAAAAUUCUGGCUUGUCGAUGUUGGACGCCUUAUGUUUGAUGAACGGUCAACGAACACCAGAAGACUGGCACUGAAUGCCUUGGAUGCCGCAGCUAGCUAUAUUGUUACUACUAAUUAUCAAGAACAUUCAAAAUGGCCAGAGCUCCGUGGAAUUCUUAGCAAAGAAUACACUUGCCUAUUGGAUACAGCUCGAAGUGAAAAGGAUCCAAACUGGCAUCGUGUGUGGUCGGUUUUAGUGCGUAUCGUGAACCGUGACCUUUGCCAAGGAUCGUCGAUCAUAAAUAUGUUUUUAUCAAUAGUGGAAGCUGGUUUUAGGUCUCCAGAGUUGUCGAUUCGUGAACAGUCGUUCGAUUGUUGGCGAUUAUUAGUAGAGAUUUUUGCUAAAAACAAACAAAUCAACAUUCUCAAACGAGUUAAGCUAAUAUGCAUUCCUCUGAAAAGCUCGAAGUCUAAAACAGAAGCAAUCGCAUUGAAAAAAUUUGAUAUCUGGUGGUUUCUGUUGUGUCAUUUGCGAUCGCAAUUAACUAGUAUGGUUGACACAAUAUUUGAACCAUUCAUUUACUUUUGCUUCGGACCGACAUUUAAAACACCGCUUUGCUAUUAUUUUGAUGAAUCAUACCAAGAAUACGGUGCUCCUGGUAAAAUGUAUCAAUCGAUCAAACAGUUAUCAGCCAUAGCGUUAAUACAUUUACUUGGAACGGUACCCGAUAUCUGCAAAACAUUGUUGAAUUGCCCAAACAAUACUGAUUCGAAGCUACCCUUCUCAUUUGAAACGUUCUCAUCUGAAAAUGGACUGUGUAUAUCCUCUCUCCUUUUUUCUAUGAAGUCGAAAUUGAUCAUUGAUUCGUGCAUUGAGUGUACUGUGCUAUUCGCAGAGAUGAAACAUUUGGACUAUUUGUCGUUAAAUCGAUGCCUCUGGAAUAAUUUGAUAGACCGAAUAAUUGAAGAAAAAACGAUUCCAAAACAUGAAAUGUUGCAGUGGAUCAAAGAGGAUAUGGAUUCUCUGUUAAAGUUGUGUAUUCGACAAAAACAUGACUUGCCACUACGUGAAUUACUGUAUGAUACUAUUUUGAAAAUAGCUGAAAGUGAUUUAAUUGUUAUUAAUAUUGGGCACGAUUCACCAGACCAAUUGACGUUUAAUUAUAAAAUGAUUAUGUCGCUAAUUAUUCACCCGCAGCUUUCAUGUCCAGCAAGCAAAACGGAUCAAAUAAUAAAACGUGUGUUUGAUUUAAAACGAUACAUCAAGAACAAUAAUUAUUGGGAUAUGCUUAAAAAAACUAUCCAAUAUAUGUGCUACAGUAAUGAUGAAAACGAAACUAAUGGGUAUAAAUUUCAGACUUUGAAUACGCAAAUUUAUUGUCUUCUUGGUGAACAGCUUAUUGAGCGAAUACGAGUUGACGUUUCUAGUUCCGAGGAGAAUCAACAAACAGUGAUAAAUUUUUUAUUAUACCCAUUAGAAUAUGAUCAUUUCUUGGUUAUCGACACUGUUAAAAAUAUGUGGAUAAAUGCUUACGAAUCAAUUCUAAAUAAUGACAAAGCAUCUUGUAAAUUUAGCAACACAUUCUGUGAAGCAAUCAAAGCCAUGACAGUAGCAAAGUAUGCUUACAAUUUAGAAGUAGUAGCCGACUUUUUUUGCAUCAUAUUCAAAACAAUCCCCGAGAAAUUUGACCAUUCGUGCCCUCCAAUUAAAAUAUUGGAAUUAUUCAAAGAUUUAACACGAAAGGGCUUUGCAUAUCAAUCUAACUUUGAUCGGAUACAAAUAAUGGUUUGCAGUUUUCGCAAAUUGCUUAAAAAAAUGAAUUUAACGAAUGUAUUAACAUUAAUAUUGCCUAUAAGAAAUGUUAUUAAUGAACUCAUAUCGAACGUACACGGGCUAGCUAUGACAGAGGUAAAAGAAACACUACAUGUGUUAACCAAAAAAAUUACAUUAAACCUAUCGAAGGAACUAACUGAACAGCCAAAUGAAGUCAAGUUUAAUUGCAAGAUGCUGUUGACAUCGUUAUUAGACCUUCCCAUGAGUGUAAAACAGGAGUUCAAAAUCAAUGAUAUUAAACGAUGCAUAAAUAUUUGUGACUACAACAGUAUCAACAAAAAAACACCCACUAGGAAUGCUGAUAAAGAAGACUUUGUCGUUAUAAAUUCCGUGUGGAAAUUUAAACCUGAAUCGUUAACUGAACAUCAGCGUGAAAAAAUGAUGGAAAAACGUACGGAUAUUCCUGCACUAUACAAUGAUAUGAGUCAAUCACAAGAUAGUUUCAUUAUAAAACCGUGGGCACCAAACAAAAAUGCUAUUCUCCAAAAAGAUCUAACAAAUACUUCUGAUAAGAUUACACCAGGCACUCAUGUUACGGCGUCAGAUAUUGAGAAAAAUAGUUCUGAUCAUAUAAAGCUUGAUCAAUUGCGAAUAGAUACAGUGGAAGGCAAAAGCUUUAAUGUGAUGAAUUUGUCGGACGCAAGAACCACCAGAUUGAAAAGUGGGUCGAAACGUAUAAUCGAGAGUGAGAAAAAACGAACAGGAUUGUCGACGAUUGAUCUAGCUGCUGUUACAAACAAAAUGGUUAGCCCUUUAUCGAAAAAAUAUCUAGAAGAUAAAAUGUUGAUAAAGUGUCUCUUAAGUCCUUCAAAAUCACCAAAAAAGAACGAAAUGGGAUCUUCAUCACAAAGAACGAAUGUCGGCGUAAUCAAUGAGCAGCGCGAUUGUAUGUCUCCGAAACGUAAUACUAGCAAAGGAGUCCAUAGUUCAAUGUUUGAAAAUCAAACCGGAUUAACUAGUCCGAAGGUUGUACGUUUCAGUCCCGUUGUUGUAGUAGAACCGAUAACAAAAUUAGAACUUUUUGCGGAUACUGGAAUAAACCCAAACUCUCAUCCCGUCAGCUCAGCGAUGGUAUCCAAGGAAAAUGACGAGGCUCACAUCCGGAAGAACGAUGAGGUUUUUCAGCUAGCUGCGAAUGAUUUGCCAGAGUCCGACAUUGAUCAACUCUCUCCGGCGAAGAAUUUAGAUGAACAAAUGAAACCACUCAACAAAUCACCUAAUCGUAGUAUAGUUUCAUCACCAGAUCGUGCUGAUGUUGAAGAGCGAAAUGCCGAUUUACUCAACAAUACAUUGAAUAUAUCUCCAAUAUCGGAGGAAAAAAACUGCUCACGAACAUAUACGGAUGAUAAUGGAGUGCCAAGCAGCACAGACAAAAAAUCUUCAUUAAGAAAAAUAACAAAAGAAAAAGAAUCGACUGAUUCACCAGUUCAAAUGUCUACCAAUCAUCGUCGUACUAAAGCUAGCCCAAAUUUGGAAACUUCGGAUAGAUCAAAUACUGGAUCGAUGAAAAGUCGACCUCUACAACAAUCCCCAGCACUGGCAAAAACGCGAAGUCCGAGCACCACUAUGAUAGGACUAGGUGGACGCGGUGCACAACUCAUAAACCUGAUUCGAAACCAACAUGGCGAUCAGUCGUAUAGGCCAAACACUCCCCCUCAAAAUGCAUCUACUCCCAAGGGAAGCAUUUUAUCAGAAGCUACAAGUAUAUCGAUGCGCAAGAAAGCCAUAGCUGCUAGCGUUGGUUCUAUCGAAGUAAACGAGAUCUCGGAAACAACAAAUGAAAAUGAAGAAAAGUAUGAAAACGUACCUCCUCAAUAUCUUGUAUUCUCCAAGGUCUUACCAUCUCCGCAAGCAUCGCCGGCAAGUAGUAUACUAAAACGUCGGCACAAUUUAGACGACAGUGUUGACGAUAUUGAAACACCGGUUCAUAAGCGAAAACGAGUUAGUUUCCACGAUCCACCUGUAUCUUUGACCAAGGAAUACAUUCGGCAAGUCGAAGAAUGUCGCACUUCAUCUGUUAGUCGAAAUAUACAACUCUCCUCUAAUAUAGCAUCAUCGACGGAUAAAACAAAAUUUAUGAUGCGUCGCAGAAGCAAGUCCGACAGUAUUUCAGAACUACAGAACUUUACCCAAAAGCAGACAACAACAGAAAUAAACAAAACUGCGAAUUUAUCAUGCUUGCAAGAUGUUGGUAGGAGCGGGAAUAAAAACGAUGAGAGGUCUAUUUCUCCGGAAUCAUUAGAUGAAAGCAAUUUCAUGAUGAAUGAUCGCACCGACAAUAUGUCCACGUUGCAAGUGACCACUGAAUGCAUGGAGACGGAGGCAGAUAAAAGCGAAUCCUAUAAAGCAAAAUCAGUUGCCUCUAAAACGAAUAUCCAAGCUGACUCGGAAGACACUUUUGAACAGAAUACAAAGGAUACGGAAAAGGUUCAUGGAUCAUUUAAAGAGCUAUCGUUUACUUGUGAAGAAGCAGUUUUCGAGUAUGUCAUGAAAAAUUAUACCCUGGAUGACAUUGUCGAGCGAUAUAUUUCCGCUGGAAAAUCGUUAGAGAAAAACAAAACUGUGCGAGUUCUCACUAAGGAAUUAUCAUCAAAAAUGAGUGAUGAUCCUAAGAUGCGUGAGAUAGUCCUUGAUGAACUAUCAGAACGACACUCGGUGGAAUUUUUAGAUCAUGCCAUACAGGAAAACUCCAACGCCAAAGUAUGCGAACGUUUGUCACUAACAGUAAUGAUAGAUCAUAUUUUCAAACAAUUGCAUACCAGCCAUGGCACACACACAAACAAAGGACUUGUAGCAACGUUGGACGAAAAGGAGGAGGAUGCUACCAAAAUAGUGGAAUAUAUUUAUGAAAAAUUGUUUAAUUUACGUAACAUUGAGUUGGAUGGACAAACAUUCGAUGAGCUUCGUGAUCGUUUUGUGCGACAUGAACUAGCAAAUAAAACUCGGCUCGAGAUCAUGUCAUUAUUAGAGGAAUAUUUUAAGACAUCUAACGAGGAGCAAUGUUAAGGAUGAUAGAGUUUUCCACAAAUGGCACGUAUUGUAAGUAUGUGUUUGAAAAAUGCAAUUCUAAACGGUCAAACAAUAUGAAAAGGCUUUUUUCAUCACGUUUAUUGCAUCCCUUCUUAUAAUGAGUACAUGUGAUUUGUAACGGAUUGCACUCUUUAUUUCAA